UUCCGGUGUUACGCAACAUAAAUGUCCUGUCUGACAGUCGAAUCCCCUGGCUAUCCUGACGUGUCAUUUGCCACCCAUACGUGCAUUAAAGAGCCAGCACUUUGGAAAUGGAAAAGCAAAAUGAAAACAUGCAUGAAACUCAGGAUGAAAUAUCUUCUGAAAAUCCUUCCACUUCUAAACUGUUUUGUUGUGAUGUUUGUGGGAAAGACUUUAUUCUCAAGUCUUACUUGCAGGUUCACAUGAAAAUGCACAAAGAGGAACGACCAUAUAAGUGUGAGGUAUGCCACAAAGCCUUCAAACAAAUGGCUGCUCUUGCACGACACAACCGUAUUCAUACCGGUGAAAUGUUGUAUAAAUGUGACUACUGCCAAAAGGAGUUUAAUGAUCAAUCAAGUAUUCAAAGACACAUCAGAACACAUACAGGGGAAAGACCAUUUGUUUGUGAGAUAUGUGGGAAAGCAUUUGUGGAAAAUCAGCAUCUACGUCGACAUGUGCUGCGAAUGCACACAGAAGAGCGUCCAUAUGUCUGUGAGACUUGUGGGUCUCGGUUUGCAGAGAAGGGGACUCUGAAAUGUCAUUUGUUAGUACAUACUAAUGAAAAACCUCAUGCCUGCGAUGAAUGUGAUAAAGCUUUUAGGUCCUCUAGUCAUUUAAAAAGACACAAGAUGUGGGCUCAUAAGGGAGUGAAGAGAAUUCGUAAUCGUUUCAACUUAACCUACACUUGUGAUGUGUGCUCUAAAGACUUUCAUGACAAAAAUGAUUUUACAAGGCACAAAGAACACACACUAAAGAGAAGCCUUAUCAAUGUCCUGUUUGUCAAAAGUGGUUUAGUGUUCAGUCUAAUAGAAACAAGCAUGUGCGUCAGGUGCAUGCAGAGAGUUCCACAACAUCUACAGAUGAUCAGUCCUAACUAGUUACUAUUUUAGGGGGGGGGGGGGCCUUUUACCAUGUUCACAUGCAAAAUUGAUAUUUUUGGUAGAAUUUCUGAAUAAAGCUCCGUUACUCUUUGAGAAUUAGAUGCACGUAAAUUUUUGUGUGAAAGAUAUUUAUGAAAUCUGAAUGAAAUUAGGCCCCAUAGCUUCAAAUGAUUCCACACUUACAGUAUUUGUCCAAUGUCUUGCCCAAUUUUUUCAUUGUCAAAACUUUUCUGAAGAAGCUGCUGUGUUAUUACAAUUACUUCUGGCAUGUAUGAUAUUAAACAUUUGGAUUGACAUUGUUGACCUUACAGAGAAAAAAAUUAAUAGAUUAACUGAAUCAACGGAGAUAUCUCAACUGAGUGUGUUUACACAGUACUGAUAUACUGAAGUAUAUUUGUACAUGUAUUUAUGCAUUGAUAAUCUUUGUGCGUGUAUUUAUGCAUUGAUAAUCUUUGUGCACUUAUGUGGAUGCAGCAAUCAAAUAAACUGUUCUAUGCUGAUAUAUUUUGCUCAGAUUCAAAAUCUACUUUGUUAUUUAUCUGUAUUACUUGUAUUUAUAUACAUUGUAUAACACAAUAUUUUUACACUUUUCCAAUGGUUUACUGUAGUAUUAGUUCUGUUGAAAUAAAGAGAAAUAUUA